CAGACAGGAAUUAUUGCCCGAUAUUGUAGGUAUAUGUGUACAACAUGUACAGUAUAAUAUAUAUGAGUAUAUUUAUUAUUUAAAAAAAAAACCACUUAUAAAUAAAUAAAAUGAGUAUUUUUAAAUAUCGGACAAAUGUAUGAAGUAAAAAUAAAAUUUUAGUGUUGACAAAAUAUAAUUAAAUUUUUUUUAUUUGAUGACAAUAAAAAAUUAUUUUAUAAAAUGGACAUAACAUUUGAUGAUAAAUUAAAUGCUUUGCAACAAAUAAGUCAAAGGAAGUUUGUUGAUAUUUUAGACAUGAUUUCAGGAAAAAAAGACUUGAUUAUUGAACAAAUAUUGAUGAAACCACUGGAUUCAUUUGUCGGAGUAACUGUUCUCAAAAAACAUGGAGUUGACAAAAUUUAUAAACUAGAACCCGGUAUAAAACCAACUAAUUCUCAGCGAGUAUUUUUAGUAUCAAGUGAUCUUAUAUCUUGUAAAAGAGUACUCGAUCAAAUUCAGUCAGAAAUAUCCCAAUCUGAAGGGUUAAAUUUUCAUAUAUUAAUAAAUCCACACAUACCUACCGUAGUCCAUUCUCUUAUUGAAGAAGAAGGAUUGGCUGAUUUAGUGACAGUACGUGCAUUGUCAUGGGAAUUAAUUAGAAUUGAUGACAAUGUUUUAUCCUUAGAAACUCCAAUAUUUGUCGAUUUAUAUUAUCACAAAGAUACAAGCCUAUUAUCGAGUCUUGCUCGAAGCCUGUGGUCUCUUCAAUUGAUUCUCGGUUGGCCUAAAUUCACAAUGUCGUUCGGAAAGCACAGCGAUCAAGUAUUAAAAAUGAUUGACGCAAUGCAAGAAGAUAAUAAGUCGAUAAAUUCUGGUAAUGAAAUAGGUGGAGUUAUUAUUAUGGAUCGUUCUUAUGAUUUAGUGUCAACUCUUUUAACUCCUGUCUCUUAUUUGGGUCUACUAAGUGAAGUUGCGCCUAUAAAUGUUAACACAGCAACAAUUGAUAAAUCUCAAAUAAAAUUAGAUCCGAAAAAAGAUAAAGUUUAUGAAGAUGUUCGUGAUAUACAUUUUAGUGAUGUAUUUCCAAAACUUCGUGCAACGGCAAAGUCAUUAAAAUCUGAACAGGAAGCAACUCAAGAAAUGAAACUAGCUGAAAUGGGGCAUUAUGUAGCAACAAGAUUAUCAAAGACUGCUGAAGUUAAACGUCUUUUAGCUUCUCAUAUAUCUGCAUGUGAAGCUAUCAUAAGUGCAUUGGGUUCCGAAUUUGAAUCAUUGCAGUCAACAGAAAAAUCGAUACUUGAAUGUGUCAAGAGAAAAGAAUGUCUGGAUUACAUCGAAAGAAAUAUUAUUGACUAUCCAAUGCGUAGUCUUCGUUUACUCUGUUUACUUUCUAUCACCAGCGGUGGUCUCACUUCAAACGAGUCUCACGUAAUUCAAAAAUCUCAUCUUCACGCCCAUGGUUAUGAAAAUAUACCUUUAUUUUAUAAACUCGAAACUUGUGGAUUUUUACGUCAAAAAAAGGAGAAUCUUCUCAAUAAAUUACCAACCUGGAGUGGAGAAUGGACCAGUAAUGCUCAGCGUAUGAAAUUACUCCCAAAUCAAUCAAAGAAAUCAGAUGACAGUACAGCUUGUCCUAGUUAUGUAUUCAGCGGUGCAUACAUACCUGCUAUUGCUCAAUUUUUAAAAACUGUAGUAGCACAAACGUCUAAUCCUAAAGCUUAUGAAGAGUUAAUAAACUUACCAGAAUGUCAAGUAAACCGACCCCGUACUGCAGUACAGCCGAAAAUUGUUAUUGUUUGUAUCGUAGGAGGAAUAACAUAUGGAGAAAUAUCGGCAUGUAGAUUUAUAGAAAAAUCAAUGGGAAUAAAACUCGCUAUUGUAUCAGAUUGUUUACUAACUAGUGAUAAACUUUUCAAAAGUAUUCAAGAAGCGUAACUACUAGUAAUAGAUUUGUCAUAUUUUUAAUAAAUUCAAAAAUUGUUACAUUUAUUGUA